AUGCGCCCAGCAGCCUCCUUGAUGAGACCCCGCCACCUGCAAUUUCUCCGCCCCUUACGCACUCCCCGAUUCCCAACACGUUUCAGCACCGCCUCAAACGCAGAUGGAGACCUCAUUCCGUUAAAGGACCGCUUCAACCUCGCCGGGAAGUCCUACAUCGUCACUGGCGGCGGGAGGGGAAUCGGCUACGCUGCAGCGCGCGCAGUCGCAGAAGUUGGCGGCAAUGUCUCGAUCCUCGACCUCGCUCCCAGCCCAGUCAAGGACUUUGAGAACCUCUCGCGCGAAUUCGGCGUCAAGACAAAGUAUAUCCGCACGGAUAUCACGCAGGAAGAGAGCGUAACGCAAGCAUUUGAGGAGACGAUUGGCGAUUUCGGGAAAUUGGAUGGGUGCGUCACCGCAGCCGGCGUCUGCCCCGAAGGUGACUUUGCGGAACAUAACCUGGCGGACGUCAAGCGGUGCUUUGACGUCAAUAUAACAGGAACAUUCCUCGCAGCGCAACAGACAACAAAGGCCCUCCUGCGCCAAAACACACCCGGUAGCAUCGUAAUGAUCGCAUCGAUCUCCGGCUCGUGCGUAAACCCGGGCGUCAAGCUCUCCGCCUACAGCGCCUCCAAGGGCGCGGUGCGCAUGCUCUGCACCGAGCUCGGCGUAGAACUCGCGCCUGUGGGCAUUCGCGUGAAUUCGAUUUCCCCGGGGUACAUUGACACGGAGCUCCUGGCGCCGCUGAAGGCUGCGCAGCCUAAGCGCAUGGAACUCAUGCGGAAUGAACCGCCGCUGAAGCGGAUUGGGAAUCGGAACGAUCUUACUCCCGCGGUGGUGUACUUGCUUAGUGAUGCCUCGUCGUAUAUGACGGGCGGGGAGAUUGUGAUUUCUGGGGGUAUUCAUUGUGGAAGAAUUGAGAGCCCAUAUUUGUGA